AUGCCCAGCCCCGUCUGGUCAGACAAAAGCGCUGCCACCUACCCAUUCAAUCCUAUCUCAGCCACCACCCACCAAGACUCGAAACCACAAUCCCGAAAUGCGAAUUACAGAAUGCCACACGGCUUCGACAAGCUCCUUCACCAUUCACCAGAGCCACAAUCACCAUCACCUCCUCCACCACCCAGACGACCAUCUACCCAAUCCCGAUACCAUCUCCACAUCCGACAGCAGCCCAUCGCAGCACGAGCCUGCGGCGCAGGCGACAGAGACCGCCGCCCAGUCGACCCUCCCCCAAUUGUGCAGAUCCUCAUUACCGACUUCGACUCCAACUCCCAAGAUGACCGGGAUCUCCUCCAAGACCCCCGCUUCACAGUGGGCUGUCUACUAUUCCCCGUCUCGCCUUCUCUACCAUGGGCCGAGCCAACAGAAACACAUUCGCGCGAGCGCGAUCACGACCGGGACCAAGACCGGGACCACGAUAGAGAACGAGAACGAGAAAGAGAACGGGAAACAGACGGCAUCGCCCGCACAGAUGACAACUUCUCAACCCCAUUACUAUCCGGCAAAGCCUUCAUGUCCCCCUUCUACGUCGACGAAGACCCAGACCCCAACUCUGCACCCGCACACCCAUCCUCCAUAACCGAUUCUCAUCUCGACAGCCCCCUCCACAACGCCUACAACCACGCCGCCUCGCGUCUUCACCAACCAGCGACCUUUUUCAUUUUUGCAGAUCUUUCGAUUCGCUCGGCGGGGCUUUACAGGCUCCAGUUCCGGUUGAUGAAUUGGGGUUCUGUUGAGGAUACGGGGCAGUCGAUGCCGAUUCUUGCGGAGGCGUGGUCUAACCCAUUCCGUGUGUAUCCUGCGAAAGAUUUUCCUGGGAUGAGGGAUUCGUCCAUUCUUGCGGAGGGGUUGAAGGAGCUUGGGUUUGUGGAGUUGAAGACGAGAGGGCAUGGGAAGGAGAAGGGGAAGAAAAGGCGGUGA